UCCAGAAAAAUUACGACAACAUGCUAAAUGCCGCCAAAAACAAACAGCACAAGAAAGUGGUCAGUUUCACAGACAAAGAGAAUAUAGAUUCUGCUGCUCCUCCUUCUCCUCCUCCUGGCUCUAAUAUUGUCUAUGUUGUGGCUCCGCCUACUAUCCCAGCCCCUGAAGUGGUUCUGGAGCUGGACAAGCUCCCGGCAGCUCCGUGCAGGACACAGUGCCCAGAGUGUCGGCAGUUCAUCACGACAGAGACGUUCUCCUCUGUCAGCAGUGUGACAUGGCUGGUGUGCAUCAUGACAGCUUUAGUAGGCUGUGUGGCUGGUUGCUGCCUCAUCCCCUUUUGCAUGGAUAGGUUCAAGUCCACCAACCACAGAUGUCCUAAGUGUCGAACAUUAAUCACAACUAUUAAAAAGCUCUGAGAUGAAAGCAGAUAGGGAAAGAUGGAGAAGAUGCUGGAUAUCCACCUAGUGAUGAUAACAACACAGCUGCAAAGGGUCUCCUGCACAAUGCACUGAACAUCAGUGCAUGACCGGUGAUGUUUGUAAUCUCAAACUAUAGCUGCUAUUACUUUUUAGAAGCCUGUCAGACGAGACAGGUGGUUUCUGCCUUUAUGCAUAUGCAUACA